ACAUACUCUCCCUUUAAGACGACACCGUGCUGAGAGAAAACAUCGCUGGUAUUGUUGCAUCCCCGGUCUCCCACUUCCUUCCUCCUGCUUUGCCCUCCCAUCAAUUAUACAUCCACCCAGUCUCCCUCUCCUCUCCUUUAACACACGCCGAAUUGAGCAUCGCCUCCUCCGGCAAUAUGACCAACGAUUCUCCGGAGGGGGACACCCUGGCUCUGAGCGGCGGAGGCGGAGGAGGAGGAGGUGGAGGAGGAGGAAAAGGAAUCGUGAGAAGGAACCGAGAGGACGACAAUGUCACCAUCCUAACAUCCUCCAUGGACUUACAACGAGCCAGCCGGGGUCGAGCGAGUAUCGGUAACGAGUCCGUCCCUAGCUUUACAUCCUCUGUGGAUCUGAGCACCUCCUCCCUGGAGCUGAGCAUCCAGACUCGGAUCUUUAAGAUCAUCGUCAUCGGGGACUCUAACGUGGGGAAGACUUGCCUCACCUUCCGCUUCACCGGAGGAAGCUUCCCUGAAAAGACUGAAGCCACUAUCGGCGUGGAUUUCAGAGAGAAGGCGGUGGAGAUUGAAGGAGAGACCAUCAAGGUGCAGGUUUGGGACACAGCGGGCCAGGAGCGCUUUCGCAAGUCCAUGGUUGAACACUAUUACCGCAAUGUCCAUGCAGUGGUGUUUGUAUACGACGUCACCAAGAUGGCUUCCUUCCGCAACCUGCAGACAUGGAUAGAGGAGUGUAACGGCCAUCGAGUCUCAGCAUCAGUACCUCGGGUCCUCGUGGGGAACAAGUGUGACCUUGUGGACCAAAUACAAGUACCCUGCAACAUGGCGUUGAAGUUUGCUGAUUCUCACAACAUGCUGCUUUUUGAGACGUCAGCAAAGGACCCAAAGGAGAGUCAAAAUGUUGACUCUAUCUUCAUGUCCCUGGCGUGCCGCCUUAAAUCCCAGAAAUCCCUGCUUUACAGAGACGUACAGAGAGAGGAUGGGAAAGUCCAGCUCACACAACAGACUGAAACAAAUAGUAAUUGUCCGUGUUGAGGAAAAUGAGAAGUGUGAGGCAUAAUGAAGAGGAAGAGAGGAGGGAAACUUUGCAUGUCAAGGUAGAGGAGAAGAGGGAUAGCUGAAGAAUGAGCCUAAAACUAAAGUCUGUUAUAAGAGAGGAGUUUUUCUGAUUUAAGAGGAUGAGGGGUUGAGCAUUAAAAGCAUCGCGCUUAAAGAAGGGAUGACGUUUUUCAAAGGGACUGCUAAUCGUCAAUAUUCUUGUUCUUAAAGACAGGGCAAGAGAGGAGUGUGGAUGUGGAGAUGCAAAGAAAAUCAAACAUAUUUAACGAGGGGUUAAUUCACAAUCCUAAAACAAUGCUGCUUUUUCUGGAAACAAUGAGGCCUUUGUGUUUACAUUAUAAGUUACAAUUUAUUAAAUUAUCUACACACAUAGAAACAUGAUGAAAUGUAUUUUAGUAUGGUCUACCUAAAAGCAGACACAACACAUUAACAUCGGGAUAGUUUGGGGAUUUCUUUUCUAAGCCCACUCCAGUUUGUUUAUCACAACCUCUGAUUACUGAAUCAAUGUCCUCGUUGCUCUCAUAAGACAAAUGAAAGCAGCGUUUUCAACAUGUAUCUACUGCCUUAAACAGCUGGCUCUGUCUUAGUUUGAAGAAAUCUGUCAGGAAAAAUGAGCAUACAUGUUUUAUAUAAUGUAAACACUUGAGAUUAUCAUAAUUCAUACCAUCAAACAUAUCAGCAGCCAUUGAAAAUACGGAGUAUGUGACAGGAUGAACGAGACUCUUUUUUUUAAUCUUGGUCAUUCUUCACGAGGUUAACCUAAAGUAUCAGUGAGAUCACAAAAUGGAAAAUAAGAAAACACAUCUAAGAGUUCAUUUAAAAACCUCAGAUGAGAUUGAAUACCUGUGCAAGAAGAAUUAGCAACAAGGUUUCCUGAAAAGGACCGCUGAGGGGUCGCCAGGCAUCAUCACAUCAUUGAUUUAUAGGUUGUUAGGUCCUCUUACCCACUGCAGGAAAUUUACCCUCUGCUAAGAAUAGGACUGUGAUGACAGGAUACCUUUUUCUCAACUGAUCCUGAAGAAAACAAGAGCCCUCCAUGCCUUUUAGAAAAGGGACGCGUCAUGUUUUCCAUUUCUGGGGAAACAGAAAGAUUUGAGGACUUUGAGAUAACAAUAAUUCCAUAUUGUAACGUUUUGUUUCUUGAGGUUUCAGCAGUUUAUCUUUGAGAACAUGCUCUGCACAUCUAUAUCACUGCCCCCAGUCUUGGAGAGAACAGGACUGAUACCGCACUCAUAUAUAUAUACAUGUGUUUGAAUGAAAGGAGUCCAGAGGGAUCGACGACAUGAUUGGCACAGUAAAAAUAGAUUUAACUACACAGAAAUGGCUCCUUGCUGGAUCAAGGUUGGAGCUAUUGAGCCAUCAGUCAUCAAGUCUAAGACCCAGUGAAGACAACCCCCCUACCCAAUAACACACACACACACACACACACACACACACACACACACACACACACACACACACACACACACACACACACACACACAUACAUUACACCCUCAUCCCUCAUCGUAGUGUUUUUCUGAACUAAUAAGUUGCAUGAUUCCCCCUGGCUUCGUUUGUGUGAGCUCCAUUAUUGGCAAUGCUGAUACUACCUGCUGUAAGAUUUGUCCCCCAUCCCACCUGUGGAUAGAUGUGAGGUGAGAGCCAAAGCAUUUGUAGGUUUAUCAACUUAAUAACCUGGAUGUUCUGGGUGGCUUCCAUAUCAAUAGGUCCAAGUGCAAGCGUACUAGCAUCUUCUUUGAACCCUACCUUCCAGGUCACGUGUAUCUGACAGACUGAUGCAAGAACGAGGGAUCUGAUUGGGCUGUUUGUGUAUCUAAUCUAAUUUAUUAAAGGGCUUUUUAACUCAUGAUGUGAGCCUGAUGCUCCUCAUAUUAAAGAUCAGCUGAUUUUGGCACCAGUGAGAAAUAUGUGAUGCACCCAGGAGCUGUAGUGUUGACUGACUUUAAAGCCUGUCACAUGGCUGUUCCCUCCAACAGUCUGAUGACCAUCUUACUUCUUCCAUCUCAACAUUUUUUAAAGCAAUCCAUAGAGCUUGAAUCGGUUUAUCCAUUAUCUAUACUGCUUAUCCCACUCGGGGUCGUGUGGUGCAUGGAGCCUAUACCAGCUGUUGAAUUGGUAAAGCAAGCUUUAGUAGUGGAUAUAGGUGAAUAAAAUCAAUAUAGAACAUCAGCCCAUACACCCAUCCAGAUUCUCCAUUGGAAGAAAGAUGUGAUCACACCACACUGCAUCUUACAUGAGAGGGGGGAAAACCCUACAACUCUGUACCUGUGAAAAAUGUCUUCAGGUGUGAUACUGGAAUAUUAAAUCACUGUUAUAUAUGUUAGAAAAUGGACAAGCCUUAAAGAACAAAGUGAAUAAUCUAUGUCUGCAUUUCCUUCAUUAACUAUAACCAGAUGUGAGAAUGACAGCGUUUGACUUUGAUGCAAAUGAUUGGAGAACAAGGUGUUGUUAUGUUUCCCUUGUAAUUAAUACUCAUCAGUCAGUUUGUAAUCAUAACCCAUUGUGUUGUAUCCAGGUCUUAAAAUUAAUGAAAGUGUACAAUGUGUGUGCUUGCCUUCCUUUUUGCUGUUUUAUUUGUAAUAUAUCUAUCUCUCUUUUUGGGGCUCAUUUGUGUUUUUUUUUUUUGGUGUGCUCUGUUUGCUGAUAAAGGGAUGCCUUAUUAUUCUGUAAUGAAGCCACGUGUCUGUGUUCAAUAAAUACGAUCUGCGCUCAGAACAACAAAACUUUGGCUCUGUAGAGUCACAAUAGAAAAGAUACUCUGUAAAGGUGGUUUAUGAAAGCUUAGUUUACAAUUUCUAUUUUCAUUUCCUUCCAAAAUGUUCGACAGAGCUCUCUGAGAGGUGAUUAACUUCAGCUCCAACAGACAAUCUUCUGCUGCCUGUGUGAGCUCAUCUUUGUGGAUUAAAGAUCAUUUCAUAAACAUUAAAUUAAUCAGGAUGUUUGCCUUAUGCACCACUGAGGUUAACAUGACAUCACAAGUGUAAGAGGAGCAGGACCCCAGCUCCUUUUUACUGAUGUUUCAUCAUGAUGGACACCUGCUGACAGAGUUAUCGUCAGAAUGCAGUAGAUUUAAUCUAGCCAUAAUCUCAGAUUAAGUUUAAAAUCAACACAGUUAAACAGUACGUUUGUUUCCAGAGUAGCUUAAUUACUUAAUCCUUCAUUACAGUUAAAAAACCUGAGAUGACAGUUUUUCCGAUGUGAGUUUGCUGAGUUAUAAAAGGUCUGAACGUUUUGUAGCUUUGGGUUCCCUGUAGUUCUUCACUGUACAUCAGAUGUCUUCUCUAAUAUAAUUGACAUGUACAACAUUGCAUUACCAUAACAUAGACUUCUGAUAAAAGUGAUAAAAAUACCAAA